UCCGUAAUAGUUCGAAGGAUAUCUAGCAUGUAUUUUUUUAAUAAUGCAUUGUAGUAAUCUAGAAUAUGUGUAUAAAUGAAACACACAAUAUUCUAAACAACAUCUAUAUGUAUUUGGUUUGAUGUCAAGAUUAGUAAAGUUGCAAUUUAUGUGAAAUUCGUUAAAAAGCACAACGCCAUUUUUCUGGAGAUUAUAAUCAGACAAGAUGGCGUCUAAUGGAAAUUCUGAAAAGAAUCCCAAGACCUUUUCUUGUCAACAUCACGCGAAAAACCUCUUGAAGGCUUUGAAUCAAAGUCGCAAAUUGCCUUCAUUAUGUGAUACAACUGUCCAGAUUGGCAAGACGGAAGUUGCUGCUCAGAAAAGCGUGUUAUCGGCUGCUAGUCAGUACUUCAGAGCUUAUUUUAGUUAUGAAGCACAUCCUGAUGGCACAGGUAACAAAACUAUGGUGGACUUGACACCUUUAGAAAUAAGCGUAGAAACAUUUCAAGAUAUUCUCGACUACAUCUAUACCUCCGAGAUCACUCUCAGCGUCGACAACAUACAAGACUUGUUCCAGGCUUCUGAUCUACUGCUCAUGUCAGACUUGAAGAAUCUGUGCUGUGAAUACUUAGAGCAUUGUAUCUCGCCACAGAAUUGUGUUGGUAUCCGUGAAUUUACAGCAAGAUUCUCGUCACCCUGGGUUCAUUAUAAAGCUACACAAUAUCUCGACAAACAUUUCAGAGAUAUUUGUUUUGGAGAAGAAUUUUUAGGACUGAGUAGUGAAAGUGUUAAAGAGAUUUUGACGAGAGAUGAACUGAAUGUUAAACCUGAAAAUGAGGUUGUGAUCGUAGAGAGUAUAUUAAAAUGGUAUCGUUACGAUAAAACAACUCGCGCUACGCACGUAAAAUCGCUGCUCGCAUCAUGCGUACGAACCGAUAAUUUAACAGAAGAAAGUUUGGAGAAUCUGAAGUCCGUGGACUGUGAGGAGAUUAAUGUUGCUGAUUUUUUAAGAAACGUGAAAGUAGAAAGAUCGCUGAGUGAACCGAGAGGAACGACGUCUGUUGUGGUUGUUUGUGGUGGAGAAGGUUUUGUUACACGAAAUGAAGAUGUAGAGGUUGAAGUGAAGCCAAGUUUUAGAUGUGUACAGCCGUAUAAACAUACCAGUGUUAAAGUUGGUAAAUGGAUAGAGUUAUCUCCCAUGUUAACGCCGAGAUCAGGUCAUGGACUCGUAGAAGUUGGUGGGUAUUUAUAUGCUAUUGGUGGAAGAGAUAAUACCUGUCGUCUGCUAAAUACAGGUGAAAAAUAUAAUCCUAAAACCAAUACCUGGUCUGUUAUACCGCCUAUGAAUCACGCUCGCGUUGGAUUCGGAUUAGUGGCUAUAGAUCACAAUAUUUAUGCGAUAGGUGGCAGUAAUGACAUGACCGAUCCUAUGACCUCAAUGGAAGUGUUUAAUACGUUUUCAAAUGAAUGGCAAACAUUACCCGAUCUCACUAUGAAGAAAGUUUGGUCCGCGUAUGCGUCUGUUGAUAAAAAGAUUUACGUUAUUGCUGGAGGUGUGAUAGGUAAAUUCUACGAAGCUGUUGAAUGUUACGACACACGUACUCAGACCUGGACGUCGGUGUCACCGAUGCGUGAAAGAAGAUGCGAUGCACGUGCAGUGACGGUUGAAGAUGAUAUUUAUGUGAUGGGCGGUUUUCGUCGAAUUGAAUGUCCAAGUGCAAUGCAUUCUGGUCAUAGUUUAAAGUUUUGUGGAACAGAAGUUUAUUCAACAAAGAAUGAUUAUUGGGUUCCGAUACCGAAGCGUGGUGUGGAACCAGGCAUGUGUAUAAUGCACGAUAAAUCACACGUAGAGGGCGCUGUUUAUGACGGAGAAGAGAUUCUAGCAAUUGGUGAUUUAGAUAUUGGUACUGGUUCUGAUUGUAUCCGAGGGUAUAAUCGCCACGUUAACGAGUGGAGGACUGUGGUUCAAAACCAACCACCAAAUCAACGCUGUUAUCAAUGCUCUCUUAUUACGAUACCAAACUCCAUGUUUUAUAGAGUCUCUGCUGUACAACAAGAAACUCAGCAGACGUGAACAUGUUUAUAAACUUAACGUGCCAGUCACAUGAAUGACUGGACAGACAUUUAUAUACCCAGAUGGUGAAAGGAUACAGUGAAUUUAUUUCAUGACAUGUGGGUAGGAAGAAGAGUUAACUCCCCUUGUCUGGUUGAAGAAAUAGGGCACCAAAUAUGGUGAAUAUCACAUAGACAAUUUAACCUCUUUAUUAAAGAUAGGUUCCCAGAAAAGUAUUUAUCGGGUGGUUAUUUCCAAUAAAAGUAUGGUAAUUUUGGUAUAUAUGGAAAGUAGAGAUAUCCAAUCUUACUAGAAAAAUACUGGAUUCCCCGAAAAACACUCAUGGAGCGUAUACAGGACAAAAAUGUAAGGGUUCCCCUAAUCAACAGCCCGACGAUUAGGAAUUUCUGCAAGCGUAAUGUCAAAGGUCACCUGCGAACAUCGAGUGCUUGAUGUACAAGUUGAUAAACUUUAUGAAGAGUUAGACGUACAACACUUUCUGAGAUAAAAAUGACGGAAAAAGACGCGGGUAGUGGAUAAUCCGAGAAUUUAAUUAGGAUUCGAUAUUUGUAAUAAAUAGUAAGCGAUUAAAGACAACAUCGUCUUAUGUAUGCAAUGAAUUCUCCUCUGACUUCCAAGAGACGUAAGUCACGUGACGUAAACAUGACCUGGUUUGAUCAAAUUUUUAUAGCAGGACAUUCCUUCGCAAUAAGAAUGUUUGAGAAGGAUUUGAAGCAAAAUUAUGACAAAUUAAUUAGUUUGAAUAUGUUUUUAGUCCAUAUAUACCAUUAAAUCACCCAGUUUGUACGCGGGAACCCAUCUUUAAAAGUUGAUUAUCUCCACAUCUCAAUAUAACCACAGUCAGUAAAAUGAACACUGAAAUUUCUAGCUAGUCUUUCACAUUUGAUCCAUAAACCAAUCUGAUUAAAACACAGAUCCUAAUUUGUUUCGUUUUUUAUAGGGGGGUUGGAUGGCUGAAUGGUUAGCGUGCGCGCGCUGUAUCAUACAGUCUGUCAUUGAGUCGACUGGCGUGGUUUCGAAUCCCCGGUUGUACGUGACAAGGAGUAGGGUCGCCUGUCCAACCUCCUGGGUUUUCUCCGGGUCCUCUGGUUUCCUCCCACUGCUAAAAGAUCCCUACGCGCAAGCGAGUUGUUGAAAUAAAAUUAAACCAUAUGUUAGUCCCGAAAUGACCUAGUUUGUGUCGAGUGGACGUUAAACCCCAUUUCUCUCUCUCUCUUCGAUUUUUAUCGUUCAAAAUUUUGUUUUACUUUUAUUCACAACACUAGUAUCUGGAAGAGUUGUUAUAUAACAGGCGUUCUAAUUGAUGUAAGGAAUUAGCCAAUGAAACGGUCUGUUACGGCGGAGCUGUGGGUAAACCCCUAGUGACGACAACACUGAUUGAUUAAUCAAUGUCGGAUAUCAUAGGGUCAAAAGCCAUUCGUAUGACACUUGACGCGACCUCCCAAUACAACUGGUCAGAUCUUCAGGCCAUCGAAGGUAUAAAAAACGAACAAAAAUAUAGAUCUGUAUGUUAAUUGGAUUGAUCGAUAAAGCUUAAAUAUGUCUGUAUGUAUGUACGAAAGGAAUAAGUGUAUAAACAUGUUGUACGCUGGUUGUUAUUUUCUGUCGGUACAUAUCAUACAUACAUGUACAUGGAGUUAUCUGUCCAUCGUAUAAUCAAAGCAAUGUCAAUACUCAUGUACAUGUAAAUUAUCUUUUACACAAGUUGAAAUUUUUUUUUGUUAUAACCCUUUAGUACCGGUGGAAACUAGGGGCUGAGGCUCGUUAGAACGUCUGUCUGUCCCCUAACUACCUGAGUAAUAUCAGUAGCAGUGGCACUGUCAAGAACUAGUGUACCAAGUUCUUAAGGGUUAACUAGGGUCCUCAAACUUUACCAAGCUUUAAAGGGUUAACUAGCACUGUAACCCAGGUAUCGUUUAAUUUUGUGUAUCUAGCACUAAUUUCUUUUCACAUUCGUUUAAUA